AUGUCUGCGUCUCAACAAUCAUCGUCCUCCUCAGAUCGAGGCCAGCAACCGAUGUUGGCUUCGCAACGAGCGAAACAAACACGUCAGCCGGAACCGAUUAAAGCCACAUACUUCCCCUUGGGAUAUAAAGAAGGAAUCAGUCAGUGGUGGGCGAGCGUGUCACCAGCAAUCGCAGAACAUAAUGUCCUCUCCUUCAUCCCAUAUCUACAAAAACCGCCAACACACACGCAAACCGGAUCCGCGCCAGUUUCCUCUGCGCCCUCCAGUGUCUCGAUCAAUGAAGACCCCUCCAGACUUUCGGCUCCUGUGAGGACGAAUUCGAUAAACGAUCCACAUGGACCUCGCGCAUGGCAUUCGAAUUUGAUCAAGUUGAGUGGAAAGCAGAGGGCACUGAACGAGUUCUCGGUGGAAAGAACAGGAGAAGAGGUGGAGGAAAACCUGGUGAUGUUACACGGAUACGGAGCAGGACUCGGGUUCUUCUACAAGAAUUUUGAGGGAUUAAGUCGUUCAAAAGGGUGGAAAAUCUAUGCCCUAGACAUGUUGGGAAUGGGACGGAGUAGCAGACCACCAUUCAAGAUCCACGCGAAAGAUCAGCAAGGCAAAAUCACAGAGGCGGAGAAUUGGUUCAUCGAUGCGCUGGAAGAAUGGCGAAUUCUUAAGAAGAUCGACAAAUUUACGUUAUUGGGACACAGUAUGGGAGGCUACAUGGCAGUCGCAUACGCCCUGAAAUAUCCUGGACAUCUCAACAAACUCGUGCUAGCGUCACCUGUUGGAAUUCCAGAAGAUCCAUAUGCUGUUCAAGCAGCCAUGCCAGAACCGGGAGAUUCGACCAUGGCAAGCGAAUUCAUGCAAGAUCAAGAAAAUGAAAUCGUAAAUCCCAACGGCAAGUCAAGCACCGGAGACAACAACAAACUGUUCAAAGCUCCACCCAAAGCAGACGGGAAGGGAAAACCAGAAGAACCUCAAAAGCGGCCGCUACCAAAAUGGCUUACAUACCUCUGGGACGCGAACAUCUCUCCCUUCAGUUUAGUCCGCUGGUCAGGACCUCUCGGCCCACGUCUAGUCUCGGGCUGGACCUCCCGCCGCUUCUCCCACCUCCCGGAAACAGAAUCCGAAUCCCUCCACACUUACGCCUACUCCCUCUUCCGCCAGCGCGGUAGCGGCGAAUACGCACUCGCAUACAUCCUCGCUCCCGGCGCCUUUGCCCGCAGUCCCUUAAUCCGCCGCAUCCACGGUGUCGGUCGUCAACCCAUCCCAGCAUCCUCAGAAACUAAACUCCCAACCCCAUCAUCCUCCAGCCAGUCCAUCACGAAAAAGGAAACGGGCUUCCCCGUGAUUCUGAUGUAUGGCGAGCACGACUGGAUGGAUAUCGCGGGUGGAUAUGCAGCGGAGCAGAAAUUGAAGGAGGAGCGCGAGAAGGCACUACGGAAUGCGAGUCCUGAGGAGAAGGAGAAGGAGAAUGGAAGUGCGAAGGUGGUUAUCAUUCAGAAGGCGGGUCAUCAUUUGUAUUUGGAUGGGUGGGAGGAGUUUAAUGAGGUUAUGAGGAGGGAGAUGGAGGAGACGAGGGAGUUUAAUAAGAGGGUGAAAGGGCAAUGA